CUUGCCUAAGUACACCGUACACGUCUCAAUUAGCGAGUAUCUUAGAUUUUCACAAUAAUUUAUUAAUUUAAUACGUCGCCGGUAAAAAUUCUUGUUAGAAUGGGUUACACAACUUGGCUUAACAAGAUUAAUUCAUUUAUUCUAAUCACAUUUGUGCUUAUAAUAUUAGUGUUUUCUGAAGUUCCUAGGCCGCGCGGAGUCUCUUUAUCGAAAGCAUCGCUAUAUCCGCCGACAAAAGAUUUUACAUGUUUUGAUGGUACCAAUACAAUUCCAUUUAGCUAUGUAAACGACGAUUAUUGUGACUGUUUUGAUGGAAGCGAUGAGCCUGGCACAUCAGCGUGUUUGAAUGGUAUAUUCCACUGCACCAAUGCCGGACAUCGACCUCAAAAUAUUCCCAGUUCUAGAGUGAACGAUGGGAUUUGUGAUUGUUGUGAUGGCACAGAUGAGUAUGCUGCACCAGACACUUGUCCAAAUAUAUGUGAAGAUCUUGGACGAGAAGCUAGGGCCAAAUCACAACAGUUGGCAGAUCUUCAUAAACAAGGGAAUUCUAUCAGGCUCGAAUUAAUUGAGAAAGGUAAUAAAAAGCGUAGUGAAAUGGCUGAACAGUUAGAGCAGUUGGAGAAAGACAAAAUAGAGGCUGUAAAAUUAAAAGAAGAGAAGGAAGCACUGAAAAAUCAUCUAGAAUCUAAGGAAAAUGAAGCAUUAAAGAUCUACAGAGAAGCAGAAGAAAAAGAAAGGGAACGUAAAGCCGAACUGGAAAAGGAGAAUUCAAUUAAGGAGGCAACUGAACAUUUUGAAAGAUAUGAUUCUAACAAUGAUGAUGUUUUGACUGUAGCAGAAAUAAAAGUUGUUAAUGUAUUUGAUAAAAAUAAAGAUGGUGAGGUUGACCAAGAAGAAAUUCAAUAUUUCUUUGGAGAUAGUGAAAGCAUUGAUAGGGAUACUUUUAUUUCUUCAACAUGGUCCUUACUGAAACCUUUAUUCAUGAUAGAACAAGGUAUGUUCCGUCCUGAGGAGCAGCCUGAAAGUAAUGAUGAGGAUAUAGAAGAUAAUGGAGAUGAUGAAACACAGGAUACUGAGGCUGAAGAGGAAACUGAGGACAUAGAUCAACAUGACCUUGAUGUUGAUGAUCAUGAAACUGAAGAAAAACCAUCACAGACAUAUGAUGAUGAUACAAAGAGACUCAUUGAAGAAGCAACUGAGGCCCGUAAGCAAUUCACUGAUGUUGAGCGUACAGUAAGGGAGAUUGAGUCUAACAUUAGAACAUUCCACCAAAACUUAGAAAAGGAUUAUGGUCCCCAACAAGAAUAUGCAACAUUCGACAAUGAAUGCUUUGAAUAUGAAGAUAAAGAAUAUGUAUACAGGCUUUGUAUGUUUGAGAAGGUUACCCAAAAGUCCAAAGGUAGUGGAGGUGAAAUUGGUCUUGGAAACUGGGGUGAAUGGGCUGGAGAGAACAAUAAUAAAUAUUCAGCCAUGAAAUAUACCAAUGGCAUAACUUGCUGGAAUGGUCCAAGUAGAUCAACAAUAGUAAAUAUAAAUUGUGGAUUGGAAACAAAAAUAGUGUCUGUCACAGAACCAUAUCGCUGUGAAUAUAAAAUUGAAUUGGUCACUCCAGCUGCAUGUGAUGAUAAUGCUUUUGCUCAACAACAGCAACAGCAGUCAUCUCACGAUGAGCUCUAAUUGUUAAUAUUAGCACUAGCAACUCUGUGUGAUAUCCACAUUAGAUAGAGAUCAGUUGUUUUAGUUAUUCUUGUUUUUUUUUCUUUUAGUAAGAUAAAAGUGAUGCAUACAAUCCAAUUGCAUUUGUUUAUUACAUAUUUAUUUCUGCCGAUGAUAGUUUAUAUUGUUUCUGAGACCUAUUUGAGUACACUUUUAUAUGAUAAGUUUCUACAAAGUGCAUUUUAUUUUUUAAUUUAUUGUUUCUAGAAAUAAAUACAGUGUGAUAAAGGCUAAAUCACUUUUUUGUUUGGCUCAAUAUUUAUAAUUUUGAUGUGAUGAAGACUGAAAUCAAUAUUUUGUAUUAAAAGUAAUCAGUGCUUUGCAUUACUUUGUUUAUAAAAGUGAUUAUACUAACCUGGUAAGAGAUUGAAAUGAUUUUAUACAUUCCUUGGAUGUAGAACUAGAAAGGAAAAUGUAGUGUUUUGUCAUUAAUGAUUAAAUAAAGAUCAAAUUGUGAGUUUAGUAAUGAAUUAAAUUGUUUUGAA